AUGAGGAUAAUACGGAUGAGGAUGCAGACGCGCCUCGGGUGGUACAAAGAAGAAACGGAUACAGAUAAAGACGAUGAUAUUAAUGUCAUUCCAUCUGCAAAAUCUUCCCGAGAACUGCGGUCUCUCGAGGACGAUCUAUCAUCUCUACCCCUAGGAAUGCUCCGCAAAGCCCAGCACACCCUUCUCAAACUCGCUGCUCUCACCGAUUCAGAAUCCGAGUCCCUGUCUGACACAUCAGAAGAUGCAUAUUCAAGCGAAGGAAGACGAACACCUACGAUCAACCACCAGCAAAGAACAGGCAAAGACCUCGCCAAAAGAUCAUGCGAACACCCACCCACUGAAAUAACCUCCAAACGACCCGUCAGCAGUCGAAGAACAAUGACAGACUCCCAAACACCCCAACCCACAUUCUCCCCCAGCACCGAUACACCUUCCUCUCAACUCCCAACUAAAACGAACUGUCAACCCCCCGCUCCAACCUCAAACGCGCGCGCAAACUCUCCUGCUCUCCUACGCGUGAAGUGGGGAGAUUGGAGCUGGCUGUGA